UCGAAUUGUGGAAACUAGGUGAGGUUUUGGUUUUGGCUCUGCUUUGAGCUUUGAGUUUUCUCCAGGCGAUUUUCUCGAGAAAACAAAAGUAAAUUGUUGGGGGAAAAUGGAGACUUCUCUGAGGUAUACCUGCAAUUCCAGGUCUUUGAAAAUUCAUGCCAAAGAGAAGGUCCCUGUGAACUCGAAAACCCAUCUGCAGCUUCAUGGAGAGCUAGAUACUGGAACUGGGGCCCCAAGUUACUUCUGCGCGAUGAUAAGAUACUUUUUUCCUGAGGCUUCAACAGGCCUUGGAGUAGGACUGCACUAUGAUAAACGCCAAAAGCUUCGGUGUCUGGUACGUGGGAAAAAAGAGUUUCCUGUGAGAACUGAUAAGCGUGUAACCUUUAAUAUUAAAGGGCGGUGUGAUUUUGAUCAAGACUUGAAUCAGAAGAACCCCAAAGGAGCUGCAGAAUUUGCCUGGAACAUUAUGGAUUUUAAGGAAGAUCAGGAUGUACGGAUCAAAGUUGGCUACGAAAUGUUUGAAAAGGUCCCUUAUAUGCAGAUUCGAGAAAACAAUUGGACUCUCAGCGCAAACAUGAAGGGAAAAUGGAACUUGCGGUAUGACCUGUAACUGCGUUUAAUUUUCAUCAUCAUCCUUUGAGAAAUGUAUUUUUACAACUACUGAUGAACACAUUUUUAAUUCUACCAAUUGAUCAAAUCCAUAGAUCUUCCAGUUUCAUCUC